UAUACCCUACCUGCACUGUGGCAGCAUCAGCCAGUGCAGGUGCCAAAGGGUAGCCAGUGGGAAAGCAGCAAUUCUCCUUAAACGGGCGAAUUCCCCAGCUUGCACGGGGGAGUGGCUUUUGAUGAGCAGCCCUGUGCCAUGAGGAUCUCCGUGUUGCUUUGCACUGCCGUCCUCCUGGUGGGGUUCGUACCCGGAGAUGACUGUCGCACUUUACAGAACUCUGUAUCAACUAAACACAGCCCUGGUCAACAAGCUGAACUCCAGCGUUUAAUUCCGCGAGACUGGAUUCGUUCAGAUGAGGAAUACAUUACGCCGCAGGCCGAAGCCUAUAAUAAUCCUUCAGCUCUUGAUCGAAAUUUGAUUGAAAUGUUUCCUUUCGACGCAGCUUCCAAAAUGCCCCUGGCGCAGUCCCAGCGCACCCCGCAUGGAGCAAUUGGAGGCCUGGAAGACGUUUACGGCAGACACCAAGAUUUAGCGGAUGAGGUGCUAGAACGAGCUAAAAGGCAGGGCACGCAUCUCCUUUCCUCCCUUGAUGUUCCUUUGCAUGUUCUCAGCAAAAUAAUCGCGAUAGCUAGAGCGGAGGAACUGGCCAGGCAAGCAGAGGAAAACAGGGAGAUAAUGGACGCAGUCGGGAAAUAG